UGGUCCAGAUGGUCACUGUGAUGGACAGACUGUCCCGACAGAGGGAGGCUUAACCCCUACUCCCCUCCGAGCCAGCUGGCCUGGUGGAUUGAGGGUGCAGAGCACAGAGAGUCCUCAACCUGCUAGCGAGCUCAGAGCAGGCAGGGAAGAUUCUGCAGCUUCUGCGCGGUGAAGCGCCUUGCCCCUCCCGGCUUCACUUCCUCCUCCGCCGUCCCGGCCUGUUGCCCCCGGCAGGUUCAGGAUCCUAGCGGCCUGCAGCGGGCGGCUGCCACGCCCUUGCUUCAGCUUUGCUGGGGGCCCUAGCCAGAUCCCCAAACUUAUCUGGUCUCUGAACUGGAGGGAAGGAGGGGCUUUGACACCUCAGUCUCCACAGGGAUUCCAGCUGCAUCCUCCUCUCAGGAUGACCUCGCCAUCCAGCCCGCCUGCUUUCAGGCUGGAGACAUCAGAUGGAGGCCAAGAAGGUGGUGCUGAUGUAGACAAAGAAAAGCAUGGCCGUGGGGAUGGGCUGCCCCCCAUGGAGUCACCAUUCCAGGGUGAGGACCGGAACUUCUCCCCUCAGAUCAAAGUAAACCUCAACUACCGAAAGGGGACAGGUGCCAGCCAGCCGGACCCAAACCGCUUUGACCGUGACCGGCUUUUCAGAGCGGUCUCCAGGGGUGUCCCCGAGGACUUGGCUGGGCUCCCAGAGUACCUGCGCCGGACCAGCAAGUACCUCACUGACUCCGAGUACACAGAGGGCUCCACGGGGAAGACUUGCCUGAUGAAGGCUGUGCUCAACCUUCGGGAUGGGACCAACGCAUGCAUCCUGCCACUGCUGUGUAUCGACCGGGACUCUGGCAACCCCCAGUCCCUGGUCAAUGCCCAGUGCAAGGAUGCCUACUACCAAGGCCACAGUGCCCUGCACAUCGCCAUUGAGAAGAGGAGUCUGCAGUGUGUGAAGCUCCUGGUGGAGAAUGGGGCCAACGUGCAUGCCCGGGCCUGUGGCCACUUCUUCCAAAAGAACCAAGGGACUUGCUUCUAUUUUGGUGAGCUGCCUCUCUCUCUGGCCGCGUGUACCAAUCAGUGGGACAUGGUGACCUAUCUCCUGGAGAAUCAGCGCCAGCCUGCCAGUUUGCAGGCUGCCGACUCGCAGGGCAACACGGUCCUACAUGCCUUGGUGAUGAUUGCAGACAACUCAAAGGAGAAUAGUGAACUGGUAAUCCGCAUGUAUGACAAGCUCCUCCAAGCCGGGGCCCGCCUCUGCCCCACCUUGCAGCUGGAGGACAUCCCCAACCUGCAGGGCCUCACUCCUUUGAAGCUGGCUGCCCAGGAGGGCAAAAUUGAGAUUUUCAGACACAUCCUGCAGCGGGAGUUCUCAGAGCCGUGCCAGUUCCUUUCUCGCAAGUUCACAGAGUGGUGUUAUGGGCCUGUGCGUGUGUCACUGUAUGACUUGGCCUCUGUGGACAGCUGGGAGAAAAACUCAGUGCUGGAGAUCAUCACCUUUCACUGCAGAAGCCCGCACCGACACAGAAUGGUGGUUUUGGAGCCGCUGAACAAACUGCUGGAGGCAAAGUGGGACCUGCUCAUUUCCAGGUUCUUCUUCAACUUCCUGUGUUACUUUGUCUACAUGUGUGUCUUCACCGCAGUUGCCUACCACCAGCCUACCCUGGAGAAGCAGGUCUCCCUCCCCAUGAAAGUGACUGCGGGAAACUCCAUGCUGCUGCUGGGCCACAUCCUGAUCCUGCUGGGGGGGAUCUACCUCCUCAUGGGCCAGCUGUGGUACUUCUGGAGGCGCCGCUUGUUCAUCUGGAUCUCGUUCAUGGACAGCUACUUUGAAAUCCUCUUCUUGCUCCAGGCCCUGCUCACCGUGCUGUCCCAGGUAUUGUGUUUCCUGGCCAGCGAGUGGUACCUGCCCAUGCUUGUGUCCGCGCUGGUGCUGUGCUGGCUGAACCUGCUUUACUACACACGCGGCUUCCAGCACACGGGCAUCUACAGCGUCAUGAUCCAAAAGGUCAUCCUUCGGGACCUGCUUCGCUUCCUUCUGGUCUACUUAGUCUUCCUUUUUGGCUUCGCUGUAGCCCUGGUGAGCCUGAGCCGGGAGGCCCAGGACCCUGAGGCCCCCACAGGCUCCAAUAUUACAGUGGCAGCGCAGUCCAAAGCAGGACAGGAAGGUGAGGAGGGCAACUCUGUCCCAUAUGGGGGCAUUCUGGAUGCCUCCUUGGAGCUCUUCAAAUUCACCAUCGGCAUGGGUGAGCUGGCCUUCCAGGACCAGCUGCGCUUCCGUGGGGUGGUGCUGCUGCUGCUGCUCACCUACGUGCUGCUCACCUACAUCCUGCUGCUCAACAUGCUCAUCGCCCUCAUGAGUGAGACUGUCAACAGCGUGGCCACAGACAGCUGGAGCAUCUGGAAGCUGCAGAAAGCCAUCUCGGUCCUGGAGAUGGAGAAUGGCUACUGGUGGUGCAGGAGGAAGAAGCAGCGGGCAGGUGUGCUGCUGACAGUUGGCACCAGGGCGGAUGGCAGCCCUGACGAGCGCUGGUGCUUCAGGGUGGAAGAAGUGAACUGGGCUUCUUGGGAGCGUACACUGCCCACAGUAUGUGAAGAACCUUCAGGGCCAGGCAUGUCUGGCACCAUGAAGAGCCCUUCCCUGACCUCCCAAAACGGGGAGGACAGUGCCUUGGAGGAAGACCACCUGCCUCUCCGGCUCCUGGAGUCCCGCUGAUCACCCAGAUGUAUGAGGACACCGGCAACUUACAGCAGGGAAUCUUUCCAGCUAUAAUUGCUGGCUCUGGGGCCCCAGGAAACUUUGAUGGCAAAUAUAUUUUCAAAUGAUGAACUUUCCUGGAAAUGUGAUUUGUGCAAAGUUACUGGGUCUUUGGGAAAGUUGACAUCUACAAGUCUCUGUGGGCAUAUGUCUGUGCCUUUCUCAUCUUUGCAUGGGAACAGGAGAC